AUGGCAAAUCUGAUCGCACUAAAGCUUCCUGCCUCUUCCCACCACACCACCUUCAUCAUGUCAUUCUCUCGAAGGCGAGGGACUGACGACAAAACUCCACCAUUGACCUCCCCAGUUCCUAUCGGAACGGUCCGCUGUUAUUUCGGACCCCGCUUCUAUUCCUUUGUUAACAAGUACUACCCGUUAGAUGUCAGUCUAUUGAGCUGCUAUAACUGGGCUUUGGCUUUGCAAUUAGCGGUCAGACGAGCCAAGUUUGGCACCACCCAGGACGAGCAGACUCUAUGCAUUCGAGGGAGGCAGAAUGGGGAAUGUCCUAGGACGCUAAGCGACGUUUACCCUUAUGCUGGAGUGAUAUUACGAAUGCCUGGGCAUAUCGGACCUUUUAAAGCACGAUCCGAAUUCACUUCGUUGACAUAUACGCUCAAAAUGACGCAUCGGACUGGUGAGUUCUACGGUAUGAACGAGGCAUUGUUCUCAUCGGCAUUGGUAGAAAUGGUUUUCAACAUACUUGUCGCCUGGCCCCUGAUUGUCGUCGGUGUCGCAGGCCUGAUCUCGCUCUUCUAUAUCGUCAAGCAAUAUGACGCUUCAUUGUACCCUCGUUUCAUGGCUUGGGCUUGUAUCUUGGGCGUUAUGGAGCUCUUUCGCGAAUUCAGCGCCAAAGACAACUCCACAGGCUUCAUGAGUUGCAUUACCACCAUCUCUCUUUGGCACAGUCUCCGGCCUCGAAAAGCUCGGGUCAAGCCCCAUAUGGAAGCUGUGGUUCCGAGCGUAUCAUCGCCGACUAAUGCAGAGUCUGAAGGAAACACAUAUUACCUUUUUCCUGAAACACAGGGCAUUCCAUCCUGUAUAGCCGAGCCGUAUGGAGAUUAUAUGGAAAUUUUUGCGACGUCGUUUGGGUUCCUGAAAAUGUUAUUCUAUAAUGACCAUAUAGGCUCCCUAGCUCUUCGUGUUGUGGAUUUCUUCCUCCUUAGUUACGCAACCUUCAUCGUAGGCAUCAUGGGCCUUCCCAUGCCCAACGGACGUAUUCCACAGGCGUCUGUUCAUACCGACUCCCUCACUAUCUAUGAAACCCGCCUCGAAGUCAUUCACACCGCUAAUAGCAAUAACACCGAGAUCCGCAAAAUGUUAGUCGGUCGAGUAGCAAAUUAUGCGUUUCCAGAUUGGGCUUUGUCUCGUCGCUACCCCACGUUCGACGGUCACGAGUUUUCCAUGGACUACCAUGGCGGCUGGUCCAGGUGGUGUCACGGGGGGCAUUGUCGCUCCCCAACUUUGACCAUUCGGCUGCAAAGGAAGAAAUAUAAUAGGAAUGUGAGUGUUUUAAAACGACAGCUUGGAGUCUUGGACGAUGCAUUAGCCGUAAAGCUGCCCGGUGACUGCCCAGAGUUACAAGCAGAAGGGCCGGCCAUGUAA